AUGGAUUCUUCGUCUGCACUCAAGAUGGGCGAGAAGGAUCCGAGUGCUCCUGCUCGCUACAUGGCACAUCCUUCCACUAUGCGUAGCCAAGACAUACGACGUCAGGACCUCGCCGCCAUCCAAAGAAACGAGGUUUCAUCCAUCGACGUUCCAGCAACUUUGCCGCCGCAACACACACAGGCAUCAGGUCUUGUCGGACCAUGCCUGCAACAAGCAACCAGCCCGAGCGUCGAGACUCAUCAACCGAAUGACAGCGGAGCCGGGCCCGCCGUGUUGGAACAACGACCGCUGAUUGCGGUACUGCCGGCCUCGGAGCCAUGGGAGCAGCCUUCGAUCAACACCCUUCCUUCGCCCACGGCAAACGCCCGAGCCAGCCGUCUGUUUCGAGAGAGGCGAAAGGAGAGGGAGAGGGUGCUGCGGCAGACUGUGGCGGAGCUCGCCGAUCGCAAUGCAGCUCUGGAAGCGUUGCUGUUCCAUCAUGGUAUCGUCCCGCCAGGUUUGCGACAAGAUCUCAGUAUCCACAGGUCGCAGAGAAGAGGAGGUCCACCGAUGCACAUUCCAGGCGUGACGACAAGCCUUCCGACAGGACUUCAGAGCUUGCCCACAACGCAGCAGUCUGGAAAAGCCAGCUCGGCUUCUGGCUCGGGAUCAAGAGACCACGAUUUUUCCUCGGGAAGCUCCAGAGACUCUAGCGACUGCUUCCGCAGGACAGCGCCGGAUCUGCGCACCGCCCAACAGACGCCAUGCGAGCCGAUGCUGCAGGCCUCCGGUAUGGUAAUGCCCCGCCCCACUGCACAGAUGUUCCCGGACGGACUGGUCCAUUCGCACGGAGUGUACUACCGAAACGCAGGCAUCGGACAGCACCAGCAGCGAGCGAAUCAUCUCGCGACUCGCGACUCGAGUGAUCUCGCCAAUCUUGCAGCUCUGAAUCCCCUGCCAGCACCGAGCACAACUUCCACAGCCUCGGAUGCUACUGCUGCUGGUGCUGCAACGACAGCAGCAGCCGAAGCAGAAUCGGCGGUUGCACUGGCUACCCAACGGCAGCGCAGACAGGCUGCUGGGGAUGCCUUCAACGCGCCGACACGCCGACCGAUGGGCAGGGCCCACUUGCGGGCUCGAUCUCCCUCCGACUCGACCCUAUCAGAUCGGCGGCUACCCUCGACAUCACCGGAGCGAAUGCCGACAGGGACCGCCGGGCUCUUUCCCUACCAGUUGUCAUCUGGAUAUGGAAGGCAGGGUAUGGCGAUUUCAGCGCCCGGUGCUGGUGCCGCUAUCCCGUCUGCCGGCUCAAACCACUUGAUGGUGCCAGAGACAUGGCUGCCACACACCUGUGCGGAGGUGGCGGGUCACAGCAGCCGGGCCCUGCCUUCGGAACCAGCGAGAGCCAUCACACAGUCGCUAACGCAGCUCGCAGAGCCGAUCGCGGUGCAGAACGGACUAGGCUCGCCAGCAGCUCCCUCCACUGCGCGGCAGUCUGAGUCCCUGCCUGGUCGACUUCCCGUGUGGACGGUUGGCAACUCGGAUUGGCCGUCCGCUUCGGCAGUGCAUGGCUCCGCGAGUGCAUCUUCGUCAGCCUUUGGAUCCACCAGAGGUGUCCCGUAUCCUUGGCUUCGGCAGCAGGGUUCGUUCGCGCAAGCACUCGCUCUUAUGCCACUGUCGGAUUCCAGCCAAGGCAGCGGAAGCUCGGCGAGUCAAGCCAGUACACGCGAGUCGCACAGGUCGGCAGGCGACAGCGUUCCAGAGGAGGCGGGACCCGAUCGCAGGUGGACUUCGGUCCGCAUGAUCUCGGACGACGCUUCGACGCCCCCCGCCCGACUGGGACAGCCGGGGUCGACGCUGUCCAGUCCGUCACGGUAG